UUGCGUCUAACAUCCCUCCAGAAGUGUCCCAGCCGGAUCAUUUGUCUGCUACACAUUAUCAGUAACUGAAAACCCCCGUGAUGGGUCCACAGAUCUCCGGGCUCGCCCUCACGCACAACAGAGGUAACGACCUGAGGCUGUCAGCCGGCUGAGGAUGUUGGAAUGACAGAGAGCAGUGCAGGCUUACCUGCCCUCACAGGUGUGUGCUCCUCGUCACCUGCUCAGGGGGGGCUGUUGCCAAAAGGUAGGAUUUACAGGUAGGAUCGAGCAUCGUCCCGGUGCUACCGAACAUCCUUAAUCCUUCCCUCCCGGGACCAAUGAGAUGCACCGUUAACGUUUCUGCGGGACUUUCUUUCGGACUCUGAGAUGAACUUAAAGUGGACAGUGAAACGAUUUCUUCUUAUGUCGUUAUCAAUCUCCCAUUUGCUGUUACUUGAGGGAGCUCAGAGUCGACUUUCUGUGGCAGAAGGAAGACUACAGAGAAGGGCUAAUGCACUUCGGAGGAAACGGGAUCUCCUUAGGGAGGAGACAUACAGACCACUGCUGUCAGAAAAUACUCUGCCACGCAGCAUUCUGCACAACUACACAGCCAGAGAUGCCUCUUCAGAAUACUGUGGCUGCCUUAAUGGUGGCUGGUGUCAAGAGGGUGGUGUGUGUGACUGUGCUCAGUUCCAAGCACUGGGAGAUCGCUGCCAGAUCAUACCUAACCAGGGCCAGGAUAGAGACGGCAUUUGCAGGUCUUGGGGUCAACACCACUAUGAAACAUUUGAUGGAGUCUACUUCUACUUCCCGGGCACCUGCUCAUACAUCCUGGCCCAGGACUGCCACUCAGCUACACCACAGUAUACGGUGUGGAUCCAUAACAGCAGAGUGUGUGAUGGGAAUGUGUAUUUAUGCCCAAGAGCUCUCAGUCUGUUCUUCCCAAAUGAAGAGGAGAUCCACAUCUCUGGAUAUCAGGUCCAUCAGGGAGGCCGCAGGUUAAGUCUUCCCCAGACUGUAGGAGGUGUGUUCAUCGAGCGACUGGCUGAUUACCUGCUGGUGAAGAGUGUGUUUGGCUUCUCUUUGGCCUGGGACGGAGGCUCAGGUGUCUACCUGAAGAUGAGCGAGGAGCACCAAGGUGCCCCCUGUGGCCUGUGUGGGAACUUCAACCACAUUGCUGGCGAUGACCUCACCACUUCCCGCGGGCUUCGAACAGAUGAGCCUGUGUUGUUUGCAAACAGCUGGGCAGUGGACCUGCCUCACGAGAGAGCCUGUCCCUCAGUAGAUAUCGACUUUAAUGGGCCCUGCCAUUCAGAGUCAGACAUGGAUGAUGCCAUAGAGAAAUGCAGCGCACUUCUCUUCUUCCCAUUUCUGUCCUGUCAUGAAAACAUAGACCCAAAUCCUUUUGUCGCCAGCUGUGUGUCCGACCUCUGUCUAUCUGAUGAUGAGGAAACGUUUUGUCGAGCCUUGGUUGAGUACACUCGUGCCUGCUCACAUGUUGGAUAUCCAGUAAGAGAGUGGAGGGACAGCUUCCCGUCGUGUUAUGACGGCUGUGAGGAGAGUUUUGUCUACAGAGACUGCAUAAGUUGCUGUCCACCCACCUGUACAUUCGAGAAAGAAUGCCUUGGAACUAACCUCCAUUGUCUGGAUGGCUGCUAUUGCCCUGAUGGUCUGAUCCUACAAAAUGGAACAUGUAUCCCUGUGUCUCAGUGUCCAUGUGUUUACCAUGGAACAUCAUAUGUACAAGGACAUGUGCUUCGACAAGGAUGUAGUAUGUGCGUGUGCAUGGGAGGGGUGUGGAACUGCACAGAGAACAACUGCACAGCCGAGUGUUCAGUGGUAGGUGAUGUGUACGUGACGACAUUUGACGGUAGGAUGUUUCUCCAGCCGGGAGCGUGUCAGUAUGUCCUGGCAAAGAGCCGCAGCAGCAGCAGAUUCACUGUCACACUGCAGUAUACAACCUGUGCAGAGCAGCAGGUGUGCGUUCAGUCAGUGACAGUAGUGUUAGAUGAAGAUGUGAGCCGUCAGAUCACUUUGACAAGAGAGGGGGAGGUGAUAAUUGGUAUCAACCCCGGGCCUGUCCUGCCCUUUACGGAUGAUGCAGUGGAAGUGCGGAAGCUGACCUCUGUGUUUACUCAGCUGAAGGCAGGGAUUGGUUUGAGGCUGCUUUACAAUGGUCGAGGGGGGCGGGUCUACCUGCAGCUGGACAGCCAGUGGCGUGGACAGACGCAGGGUCUUUGUGGUACUUUCAAUGGAAAUCUACGAGAUGACUUCCUGUCUCCAGCUGGUAUGAUAGAGGGCACUCCUCAGCUUCAUGCCAAUGCUUGGAAAGUUUCUUCUGCUUGUGUCGCGCCAGUCAACCUGCCAGUCAUAGACCCAUGCGAGAUAAACCAGCGCAAUGUAUUCUAUGCAUCUCACUGUGAUGUGCUCUUGGGGAAUAUGUUUGCACCGUGUCACGGCUACAUCAGCCCAAACAUCUAUCAGCAGCAAUGCCGCUACCAGGCCUGUCGUUGUGGUAGUAGCUGCUUGUGCACAGCACUGGCUCACUAUGCUUACCUCUGCUCUAAACACGGAGUUGACAUUAAUUUCAGGUCACAAGUCUCUGAAUGUGGGGUUGUGUGUCUUGGAGGCAUGCUAUACCACUCUUGUGUGUCAUCUUGUGGGCGGUCCUGUCGUGCUCUGUCAAACCCUGAGACAUGUGACCCUGGUGACUGUGCCGAGGGGUGUGGCUGUCCAGACAGCAGUUACCAUGAUGAUGUCCGCCAGCGCUGCGUGCAACUGUCUCAGUGUCACUGUUACUCCAUGGGAGGUGUGUCACAGCCGGGGGACGUGACUUUCAGCGCCUCAGGACCCUGCCUGUGCAGAAAUGGGAAGAUGGAAUGUGUGCCAGAAGAAAAAGAUAGUGUAGAGAUCGGGGAGUGUCCAGAGGGGAAAGUGUACCACAGCUGCACAGAGCAGAGGGGAGGCGUGGCCUGUGCACCCACCUGCCGUAACCUGAUGUUGAACCUCACCUGUGCUCCCAACACACCAUGCAUCCCUGGCUGUGUUUGUCCUCCUGGGCUGGUGCUCCACCACGGGGAGUGUUACUAUCCAGAGAACUGUCCCUGUGCAUGGCUGGGCCUUGAAUACCUGCCUGGAGAAACUGUGGAAACGUCAUGUUACAGAUGUGUGUGUCACCGUGGCUAUUUUAACUGUAGCUACUCACCAUGUCCAGCUGUGUGUACUGUCUACAGCGACAGACACUACCACACCUUUGAUGGCCUUGAGUAUGACUACCACUCUGAUUGUCAAGUCUACCUUCUUAAAAGUGCAGGAGAAACUGAGGUAUCUGUUGUUGCCCAAAACAAGGACUGCUAUGAGAGCGGCAUUGUGUGCAUGAAAAUAUUGGUCAUUCAUGUGGGACUUACCAAGAUCUACUUCACUGACAACUCUGGCAACCCUAGUCCAUCUACUGUUGUGGGUCGAGGGUCGGAGUUUGAGAUUUGGAAAGCAGGCUACUACACAGUGGUCCAUUUCUCGAAUCAAUACCUGACCAUACUUUGGGAUCGCAAGACAACAGUGCACAUCAGAGCUGGUCCUCAGUGGAAGGGCCUUCUCAGUGGGCUAUGUGGAAACUUUGACAGUGUGACAGUGAAUGACAUGACCACCUCCAGCCACAUGGAAGUCAAUAAUGCACAGACCUUUGGAGAUAGCUGGGCCCUGGGACAGUGUGAAAGUGACUACAUAGUUGAGCGACCGUGUGAAAGGGACUUAGGCAGACAGCCGUACGCCAAGAGGGAAUGUGCCCUUCUCUACAGUGAUGUCUUUGCACCCUGUCAUAACGUGGUGGAUGUGGCCUGGUUUUAUAGAAACUGCUUGACAGACACCUGCAACUGUAACCGUGGGGGAGACUGCGAGUGUCUCUGUACUUCCAUCGCUGCAUAUGCACACAAAUGCUGUCAACAAGGGAUCACAAUACACUGGAGGUCGCCCUCUGUCUGUCCCUAUGAUUGUGAAUACUAUAAUCAAGAGCUAGGUGAUGGCCCAUUUUCCUUGGUGAGUGCUGUCUAUAAUGACACAAUGUUUGGAGUAAAUCGCACCAGCGGCUCAGUUUUUCCUCUGGUGAGAGAAAGACCAGGGCAGUUGCCUGCCCCAGGCCUACUGUUCAAUUUUAUGAUCACAGCAGGCCUGCAAAAGGACAGAACAUCACGUGUCCCUGUGGUGUCACUGGAGUCUGCAGAGAGACCAAACUAUUUCCUUGUUGCAUCAGGGCGCAGCCAUCUUCAGCUGGAGCACUGGAGCAGAGGCGCCGAGUUUAGUCGCAGGGCAACCUUUAUCCAGCACCAGGGGCUGUUUCUGCCAGGUCACACCUCGUUUGAGCUAGUCAGCCAACCUGGAAUCUUUCUGACACUGACACGCACUGCUGCACGAGUCCAGAGAUAUGACAACUCAGACGGCUUCAAAACUAGCAGCAGUUUCACACUGGAGGAGAGCAGUUUCGUGAUACCUUACCGCAUGAUGUGUGAGUGGCGCUACCAGGCCUGUGCAAGCCCUUGUGUCCACACAUGCAAUGACCCAGAUGCCACCCGCUGCCAAUUCUUGCCCCCUGUGGAGGGCUGCUUCCCACGUUGUCCAAAGAACAUGAUCCUUGAUGAAAUCACUAGGAGAUGUGUCUACACAGAGGACUGUGUGUCCCUCCCCCCAACUCCAACACCCUUUGCAUAUGUGACACUGUCAAACAGGACCACUGUGGCACCAACAACAACUACAACCACUACAACCACUACCACUACUGUAAGGCCUACAACCAUGACUUCCACUACAACACCAACCACUACUACCACCAGGGCAACAACUACCUCCACUACCACCAGGCCCAGUACAACCACUACUACUACUACUACUACUACAAAACCAGCCACUGAGCCUUUCACAACUCCACUCAUUACAUCUGCAGCUCCACCUGCUCCUCCACCCACUACUGCCUCCACCACUCAGCCUCCCUCCACCCCAUCAGAGACACCCACUAUCAGCAUGACCAAAGUGACCCCCACACAAUCCUCAGAGGUAACCACAGCAGCACCCUCCACUGAAGCAACUACUCCUCCUCCAUCCCCAACUACUUUGGCUUCCACCACCAUGACCCCAUCUCUCUCCACCACACCGUCAACACCAUCUCCAACAUCACCAGUGACUACCACCCCACCUCCUCCUACCUCCACCUCCACACAGUUACCACCCACCACGACCAUCACAACUGUGUCCACCACUUCUGUCCCUGAUACCACAACUGCUCCUCCACCAGUGAUCGCUACUUUAGAGACGACCACGUCAGUGGAUACAUCAACAGUUGUGACAACAACAGCACCACCUCCCACAACCGUAGAACCCACUACUGAGUUGCUUACCACAGAGGUAGUCACAAGCCCGGUCACCUCUCCUACAACCGAGGAAGCAUCAACCACAAUUCCUUUUCUCUUGCCAACAACUCCCUGCACACCUCCGUACUCCUACCGCAUCGAUGAGUGUGCAGAGCUGUUCUGUUUCAACGGAGAGCUGCUGCUUCACAACUCUUCUCUACACUGUCGCUACAACACCACCCCGCCCCAGUGCAGUCUGCUGGGCCUGCCCGUCCUUAUCAACACAGACCCCUGCUGUCCACUUUGGCAGUGCCCCUGUCGCUGCACUAUGAUGUCAGACCUGCGCGUUAUCACAUUUGAUGGCAACAACGUGGCCUUGUAUGAUAAUGGCUCCUAUAUCCUUGUUAACCUGCCCAGAGAGACUAUCAUUGGCACAGUGGAGAAAUGUCCAACUAGCCAGAGUGUCAACUCCAUCCGACGAACUUCGCCUACAGGUGGAACAUCUGGUCUCUGUUUCAAGAAACUGAACAUUACAACCUCCUCCUAUAGAAUUAUUAUCCACCGCCUGGAUCGCAAGGUGACAGUAAACUACAGACCUGCCAGGCUUCCGUUCUCCCGCCAUGCUCUUUACGUUGAAGACACAGGCAGCAUGUACCUGAUCCACACACCUGGUGGAGUCAACAUACAAUGGUACCACAGCACAGGGAUCAUGGUGCUGCAGUAUAUUACUUCCUAUAAUGCAUCUGAGCCCACUCGAGGCCUGUGUGGGUGUUGUGAUGGGAACCCAGAGGACGACCUAAAGCUGCCCAACGGCACAGUGGUCAGAGAGGUGGGGGACAUGAUGCUUUUUCUGCAGGGUUGGAGAGUCCACACCACUGAUGAGACUGAACACACUCGCAGGGUUGGAGACAACUGCACCACAGGGGACUGCUCCAUCUGCCUCUCCAUGCUCCGUCAGAGAGCCUUCACUCCAUGCCACAGCAAGGUCCCUCCAGAGCAGUUCUGUGACAUCAUGUGGGCAGGGGACCUGCACUACAAGGAUCACCAGUGUGACUUUUUGGCAGCCUACGUAGCAGUCUGCUACACACACCAAGUCUGCAUCAGCUGGAGACGGCAUAACUUCUGCCCUCUGCGGUGUCCCCCUGGUAAGGAAUACCAGCCAUGUGUGAGCACCUGCACCAGUCGCACCUGUCUGAACAGAGAGUACUACGAGGAGACAACCUGCUCCUUUAUCAGAGAGGAGUGUGUGUGCCGCAGUGGAACCAUCCUGCACAGAGCUGACUCCCCUUACUGUGUAACUGAGGAUCGAUGUGUGUGUACAGACAAUGAGGGUAACCCUCGGGCCCCUGGCGAGGUGUGGAAUGGCUCUGCGCGUGGCUGCUGUCUCUACAAGUGUGUGGAGAAUGGCUCUGUGGUGGCCAUUGAGCCAGACUGCCACUCUGUUCCUACGCCACUGUGUGAAAGGGAGGGAGAAUAUGUACUUGAUGUGCUGGAAGAAGGAGCCUGCUGCCCAAAGAAGAUCUGCGAGUGCAACAUGACCAUCUGUGACAGUGAAGCUCCACCUUGUGACAAUGGGAACAGGCUGGUGAUUGGUUACAGUGCUCUGUCAUGCUGCCCAGAGUACAGAUGUGAGUGUGACCCAAUGGCAUGCCCUCCUGUGUAUGCCCCCCACUGCAGGGAGGAUCAGUUCCUGGUGGAGGUCAGGGGGGAGAAAUCCUGUUGCUACUCCUACCUGUGUGUGUGUGAGUCGUGUAUUGAACCCAUUCCAACCUGCUCACAUGGAGAAAUUCUGGCUGUAGAUCUUAACACCACCAACAGCUGCUGUCCACAGUACCACUGUGUUUGUGAUGUCAACCUGUGCCCUGAAACUGUGAUGAGCUGUGCACCUGGUCUCUCUUUGGUUCAAACUACUGUCCCUGGUCAUUGCUGCCCCCAGCAGCACUGUGAAUGUCAGUGUGAGGACAGCUCUCUCCCCAUCUGUCAAGUGGGGGAGAUGCUGGUGGAAGCCUCAGACAGCAGCGCAAGCUGUGGCUGUCCUCAGCAUACAUGCCAAAAGGCAGAGGUGUGUCUUUUCCAAGGUGUAACAGUGCUGGGCCCGGGCCAGUCUCUAGUUCAAUACCUGGAGGGAGAGCUGUGUUACACUGUUCACUGCCUGAACCACAGAGAUCCAGACUCUGGCUUCUACGCCAUGGAAAUAACCUCUGUCAACUGCACCCAAAAAUGUGGAGCACAUCAGGUGUACGUGCCAUCCACUGACCCACAGGUGUGCUGCGGCUCCUGCAAAAAUGUCUCCUGUACUUUCACCAAUGAAAAUGGGACGACAGAGCUUUUCGCUUCAGGGAGUUCCUGGGUGGAGAACUGCACACGUUAUGACUGUAUGGAAACAGCUGUGGGAGCAGUGAUACUUGCAUCCGGGGUGGUCUGCCCGCCUUUUAAUGAUACAGAGUGUAUGCAGAAUGGCGGUGUUGUUCAGAGCUAUGUGGACGGGUGCUGCUGGACAUGUUCAGGAGUGGGUGUUUUACCAUUUACCGUUAAUCCUGUAACCCCCACUGGUAGUACUAACUGUGACACAGGUAAAGAGGAUGGUAAGACAUGCAAACGUGUGGCCAUUCGGACAACCAUUAGGAAAGAUGACUGCAGGAGCAAUGCACCGGUAACUGUCUAUUCAUGUGAUGGGAAAUGCCCAUCUGCCACCAUAUUCAACUUUAACAUCAACAGCCACGCUCGGUUCUGUAAGUGCUGUCGAGAGAGUGGACUACAAACCCGCUCGGUCACACUCUACUGCUCACGCAACGGUACCAUGGUGGAAUACAACUUCCAGGAGCCUCUGGACUGUUCCUGCCAGUGGAACUAAAAACAGUUUCCAGCUAUGAAUAUGAACGAGUGCAUAACAGAUGAGAAUGUAUGAUAAGGAGGAUACAUGGAGGAAAUCAGACGUAUACUGUACUGAUGUCAAAGCAUUAAAACCAGCCAUGUUUAUUUCUGAUUGUCAUAAUUUUGUUUACAAUACUGAACCUUGGUCAUAGUUGUGAUGAAAUAUAUUGAAAUUAAGAUGAACUAAUGUAAGUUGGGUUUGUUUAAAACUAGUUUUUGGAACAUUAUCUUUAGUUGGCUUUUUUGUGCCUUCAGUUGAUAAUUAAAAACACUUACUUUCUUAUCUAAGUGUAUAUUAACAACUGAUAUCAUGUUGACAGUAGUUGCUGCAUUUUUCAUGACUGCAAAGUUCAAACACUGUAUGCUUUUUGGUUGUCUUAGAGGAUAAAGUUGGCUUUUGUAUAAAAAAAAGAAGUUAUGCAUUGCUUUUAUUUUCUUAGAAAACAUUUUUGAAUAUGAUCUAUGGCCUUUUUGUAGUUUAUUUUGAAGUAAA